AUGUACUCCGCUACAUCGUGUAAAUUCCAUUCCGAAGAAAUUCUCUUUCUCCAUGCCAUAAGUGGAUGCGACACUACUUCCGCACCCAUUGGUUUGGGAAAGAAGAAGGUUUGCAGCACGUACGCGAGGAAUCCCUUCCUUACGCCCAACGUUUUGAUUUUCACCAAACCAGAUGCCACUGCAUCAGAAAUUUGUGAAGCGGGCGAAAAAUUUCUGGUGAAAAUGUAUGGAGGAGACCCCGAGCGAGAAAACCUUGAUGGACUGCGAUACAAAAUAUUCACCAAGUCGGUGUCAAAUGCCAAAUUUCAACUUGCCAGGCUUCCACCUACUAGUGAUGCUGGUAGGUAUCAUUCCUUCCGUACAUACCAGCAGGUACAAACUUGGUUAGGAAACAACAAGAUCCCUGCAGAUUGGGGGUGGUCCCUAACCAAGCAAGGAGUGGUACCUAUCACCACUACGAAGAAUGCAGCCCCUGAGUCUCUCCUGAAGAUUCUUGCCUGCAAGUGUGCCAGAGGCUGCAGCACCGCGGCCUGUAGUUGCAAGAAGGCAGGCCUGCGGUGCUCAGUUAUUUGCAAGCACUGCUCCGGCCACGCCUGCGAGAACUCGCGCGUGCCAGAACUCAAUGAGGACGACGAAGAGGAGGACGACGACCUCCUGGAAGAUCUCAUCGCCCAAGAGGAGCACGAACUUGAGGACGACGACGUCGAACCUCAGCCAAAAGGGUCUCGACUCAAUCAAUGUACCCUCAGGCCGCCCGGACUCAUCGGUGGAAGCAAACCCAAAGUAGCGACACCUGCCGUAGUUUCAAAAAUAGAGCAAUACAAAAGAGAAAACCCGACGAUAUUUGCCUGGGAAAUACGAGAAAGACUGAUAUCAGAAGGAGUAUGCACGAACGCCACCGCCCCGUCAGUGAGCUCCAUCAACCGCAUUCUGCGCAACCGCGCUGCCGAACGCGCGGCAGCUGAAUUUGCGCGCGCGGCCGGCUACGGCCUCUACCAUCACCACCCCUACGCGACCGCCGGCUUCCCCUGGCACUCGCCCCUCUGGCCCAGCGGCCCGCUGGGGUUGCAUCCGGCCGCAGGCGGUCACCAAACCGCGGGCGGUAUCCCGACAGCCGGUGGUCACACGACCGCGGGCGGUUCUCCCCUCCACGAGCGCGGGCCAAUGGGCUCACCGCCAGGCCCCUUCGAUAAGGAUGACUCGAGUGUGGAUAGUUCGGAGCAGCCGAAGUUCCGCCGGAACCGGACUACCUUCAGUCCUGACCAGCUGGAGGAGUUAGAAAAAGAGUUCGAGAAGAGCCACUACCCGUGCGUGUCGACAAGAGAGAGGUUGGCGUCGAAGACUUCGCUGUCGGAGGCUAGGGUCCAGAGGCACCCAGAUGUGAUGAGGAAGAGUGGUGUGUAUUUAGAUCUAUUAUUUCAACAAAACAACUUCGGAAAAUUUGUAUAUAUUCCUGAUACAGUGACAAGAAAACGGGCGAAAUGGAGGCGCCACCAGCGCAUGAACCUGCUCAAACGGUCCUCCCCCGCCCUGCCCGGCCACCCCUCUUCCAUGUUCGGUGGGGGGCGGUCCACCCCUGGAUCGCCGCCGGCCGCCGCCCACUUGCACCCCUCGGCUGCGGCGGGUUCGUCGCUGUUCCUGGGCAUGGGAGGCGAGAAUAGCGCCUUCAAGGCCCUGGUGCCUGGCGGGGCGCAUGGGAGCUUCAGGAGGUUGAGUGAUUAUGCCAGUGACUCCGAAGAGGAAAUCAACGUGAACGAUGAAUCCGAUCUGGAUGAAGCGACAGAACGGCCUAUGCGAUCCAGGUCUUCAAGCCCAGUCGAAGUGGUGGACGUCUCCUCGAAAGAUGCACUAUCUUGUCAACCGUUACAGCUCACAAUACAUGAUAGGGACCAGUAA